AUGUGGCCUGAGGUGGACGCAGUGAAAAGUGAAAAUCGUCGCGAGCUUAAGCUAACCGGUGCGAACGUAUCGAAGCGGAUUGUGGAAAACGGCGGCAAACUGGAUGACGCUAUCUACCAGCUGUCCGCACUAAAUCUGCUGGACGUGAGUGAUACGGCGUUGGACAAAAUUUCACCACGCAUCGACAGCUUGAAUCAUCUCCAGUCGUUGCUGCUGUAUCGGAACAAGAUUGCACAACUUCCGGCAACGAUCGGACAGCUGGGCGAGUUGAAGGUGUUGGAUCUGUCCGGCAACAGGUUGACCAGUUUGCCGAGCGAGUUUGCCAAGUUGCACUCGCUGACGACACUUAAUCUGUCGUUCAAUCAGCUGCAAACGGUUGACUUGAGUGCGUUGGAUAAGCUGAGUGUUUGUAACCUGUCCGGGAAUGAGCUGACGGAAGUGCCACAAUUUUAUUUGGGCGAAACACAUCAUCUGACGGAGGUUAAUUUAGAGAAGAAUAGCAUCGAUGCUCUACCGGAAGAACUCACAAAGCAACAGAUCUUGCGAGUGCUGAACGUGGCGGACAAUAAAAUUGUCCAGGUUCCAAAAUAUAUAACCAAAUGUGUGAAGCUGAAAGAGAUUAACCUCAAAGGUAACCCACUAAAGGAUAAACGUCUCCUAAAGCUGGUCGAUCAGUGCCGCAGCAAACAGGUACUGGAUUAUGUAGAGAAGAAUGGCUAUGUCCCACCGAAAGUGGCACCCAAAGAGACCACGCCUGGCGAAGAAAAUCAAUCCAAUGGAGCACAGGAACCAUCACCCUCUGUCCCGGAAGACGACAUCCAGCUGAAGAUCGUUGUCCACAAAGCGACUGAAAGCACACCGAAGGUAGCGUUCACACCGGAAGCACGUUCCUACCGUCCAUAUAUUCUGCUUUGCAUCGUACGCAACUUCUCCGUGACGGAUAUGAAAAAGUUUCUCCAACUCCAAAACGCUCUACACGAUAACGAAUGUGGCCGCCGUGAGCUGGCAACGAUUGCAACACACGAUCUAGCUAAAAUUAAGGGCUCCCUACGUUACCAUGCAGCUCCACCGGGGGAAAUAGAAAUCACCGCCCUAGGUGCCUCGGCACAGGGUAAAGUAACGGCCGAAAAGUAUUACGCCGAUCUGUGCCACGAGGCGGACCAGCGGCGAAAGGAAAAAAAACGGAACACGUACUCCGGUGUGCACAAGUACAUUUCGCUGUUGGCACACAAGGAACUGUUUGCGUUUCUGAGCGACGAAGAAAAGGUCAUCAGUUUGCCACCCCUGACCAACUGUGAGGAGACGAAAAUCUCACCUACCUGCACGGACAUGCUGGUGGAGGUGACGAGCAGCGUGGGUCAUGGACCAUGCUUGCGGGUUAUGAAUGCACUGCUCGAGCAUAUGCUGUUGAUGAAGGUGGAAGUUGUCGGAGGUACCGUUCCACCCUUGUCAACUAAUGGCGAUGCACGUCAACCGAGCGACAAGAAGAAAAAAUCGAAAGCCGCUACCAAAGAGCCAGAAAUUGCGAAGGUUCGCUAUAAUCGAUCCGCUACGCUUACGGUGGAACAGGUCCAGCUGUAUGACGGUGAAGGUAAGCUUCAUUCAGUGUUCCCCGGUAAGGGUGAUCUGAAGGGGAACGAAUCGGCGCGAAUUUUCGUUGAAAUUGCCUAG